AUCUAAUGUCUAACCUCAAUCCUUAUCAAUGAUUCAGAUCCGUUCAUUCUAACAUUUACCUAUUCAACGAGGACAGAAUGAGGCAAAAUAUGAAGAAAUUGUUGUUUAAUGCUUUAAUUAUUAGCGUUUGUUUGAUACCCAGCUCUUACGCAAUAGCUCAAGGAUUUAAGGUAGAAUGUGCUCAUAAACCACAAAAAGGCAUUUGUACAGAAGAAAUUGAACGUUUCUUCUAUAAUGUAACAUCGGCUUCGUGCGAAAAAUUUUUGUUUGGAGGUUGUGGGGAUGGAGCUAAUGAAAAUAAUUUUGUGUCUCUUUCGGAAUGUCGUCAAGAAUGUCUGAAUAUGCCUCCUAUAGAAACAUUCGAUGAGAAAGAUUGUCCUAUUGCUCGAUGUCCCUCAGAAAUGUGUAAGUUGGGCAAAAGGUUGGAUCAAUAUGGUUGUGACACAUGCGAAUGUAAAUUAAAUAUUUGUGAGGAUGAAAUUUGUCCUACUGGACGAGUUUGUCGUAGCUUUACACAACCUGACAAAGUUUACUCAAUCUGCGCUGAGCCUGAUAUGCCUGAUGCUUGCGUUCAAGCUCUGGAUAGAGGAACCGGUCAACAAAACAAGAUAAUGUGGCAUUUCUUUGAGGGAACUAGAAAAUGUAUACCAUUUAAGUACGGAGGAGAGGGUGGAAACGAAAACAGAUAUGAAACAAUGGAAAACUGUUUGCAAAAUUGCUCGAAUUAUCUUGAACCAAGCUAUCAGAUUUGUUUACAAAGCAAAGAUGAAGGAGAAUAUUGUAAGCCAAAGUUUAUGGAUAGAACUCAGAAAUACUACUUUAAUCUAGAGAACGGACAAUGCGAAGAAAUGAGAUAUAAGGGUUGUCGUGGGAAUGAUAAUCAAUUCAAAUCUAAAGAAGCUUGUGAGAUUGAAUGUCAAGGAGUAUUUCACAAACAAUGCGAAUAUUCUCAAUGUAACAAGCAGUGCGAUGAAUAUAAGAUUGAUAAAAAUGGAUGUAAAUUAUGCGAAUGUGUUGAAAAUGAAUUUAAAGGAUGUGACGACUAUAAAUGUCCAGAGGGAUUGCUAUGCCAACAGUUUCAUGUAACCUACCAAUCAGAUCCAGUACCUCAUUGCUAUGAUCCUAAAACUAGUGAUAUUUGUCAAAGACCAGUAGAUAGAGGAAACUGCAGAGCAUCAAUUUCAAGUUUUUAUUAUGACUCGAUUUCGAAAACUUGUAAAACUUUUACAUAUGGUGGCUGUGAUGGAAACAGUAAUAGGUUUCUUGAGGAAGACCUUUGCGAAAUGCAUUGUACACAACGCUUACCAACAAUAAAACCGAAACCUCAUUGCGAAGAGCAAGAAUGUUUACAUGAAUGUCCAUAUGGAAAUCUUUUUACCACAGAUGGUUGUAAAACUUGUCAAUGCCUUCCUCCUGAACAUUGUGAUGAUCUUGAGACAAGAAAGUGUGAUUACAGAUCCUGUCCGGGUGGAUUUAAGGAAAAUUUACGAGGUUGUCCUACUUGUAAAUGUGCAGAGCCAGGAUAUUCUGGACAAAUAUUUAAACGUACAUGUCCAAAAUUGAAAGAUCCACAUUGCGAAUGCGAAUUUGGAUCUGAAUACAUCCAAGGCUGUUCAACUUGUAAAUGCCUACCAGAUCCGUGCCACAAGAAGAAAUGUGGAAAAAAUGAAAAAUGCUCUCCUCUGGAAUCAAAGUCAUAUGCAGGACAAUUUAUAGACUCAGUUUGUGUUCCGAAAUUUUAUAGUAGUAGAUGUACAUUGCCAGUUUUAUACGGUGAUGGAUACGCUGCUAUCCAAAGAUUUGCUUAUGACCCGAUUGGCAACCAAUGUGUGGAAUUUACAUAUUCUGGUUUGGGUGGCAAUAGUAAUAAUUUCAAUGAAAAGAACGAUUGUGAAGUUGUCUGCGGUAACAGAAGGGAAAAGUGUAAAGAUGUUCAGUGUCAGAUAUACUGCCCUUACGGUAGAGCAACAAAUGAUUUUGGGUGUCCUAUUUGCAAGUGUAGACAUAAUCCAUGCAAUAGUCACAAAUGCGACCUGGGGUUUGUUUGCGAAGCAGCGAUGGAGAGGUAUAAUAGACCUUUUGUAGUAUGCGUUGGUAAAUAUUAAAAGAAAAUUAAAUUCCUUUAAAUGUCUAACUUCAAGUCUAAUUGAAAUAAAUUAAUUGAGUUUAUUAAUUCUUUCAGCUGAAGACAACGUACAUACAAUAAAAUUAAGAAUAAACUUUUAUCAUGAUAAGAUUAAAGAUCUUAAAAAUAUGAACAUUGAGCAUUUUAAAAAGGCUGUGACAAAGAAAUUGAAAAGUCUCGUUGAAUCUAAUUUUAGAGUUGUCGAUAUUAUUAUCAUGAAACCGGAUAGUACGUAUAUACAAUUAGAUGUCGACCUAGCAAAACUUCCUUCUGCGGCUAUUAACCUUGUUCAAGCUGUUGAAGAAUUUAGAGUAAUGUAAUUUUCUAUCUAAAUAACAUAUUUAUAGCUUUCAUUCUAUACAGGAAAAACUACGUAGUCAAAGUCAUGUGUCAAUCCAGUCUGAUGGCACUACUUUCAUCCCAUUCUAUGAGGAUGUUGGAGUUAUUUAUAGCAGAGAAGUACAUAGAACAAUUGAUCGUCAAAUCCAGCAUCACAGCUACUCUUCUCCCUUUGCAAGAGGAUUUAUUUUUGUACUAAUCGCAAUGGUAUUUGCUGGUUUUAUAACAUUAGCAGUUUUGUUAUAUAAAAAACAGUGUCAAAAGAAAGGAUUUAACUAUUCCUCAGUUGGCUAUAAAAGAGCAACAAGCGAUACUUCAAUUAUAAAAACAUGAAAACAAUUAUAUUUGAUCUUUCUUAGUGAUUUUAGACAAAAAUUUUUUCAACAAAGUUAAAUUUUCUCUCUUGUUACCAAAAAUUAAUAUUGUAUAUUUUGUAACCUAAUUACUUUCAUCUCAAAAUAAACGUUUAAGAGUUUUAACAAUAGAUUAAAAGAAUAUAAACAAU